UUUGGUUCGAUCGACUUCUCGAACUUCGUUAGGGUUUUGGGUCUCGAGAGAGCGAAGAACGAGUGUGCGUGCUCUCCUUCUCUUCUCUCCAUUUCCACUCCCUUUUUUUUUCUUCUCAGACUUUAUCUCGUCAGAUCUUCUCCAAUGGCGGUGGAACGGCUGCUUAAAGAUGAAGCCACCGAAGAGAAGGGAGAUCGGGCCAGAAUGGCAUCAUUUGUGGGUGCCAUGGCAAUUGCUGAUGUGGUCAAGACCACUCUAGGGCCAAAAGGAAUGGACAAGAUCUUGCAGUCAACUGGCAGAGGACGCACUGUUACUGUUACCAAUGAUGGGGCUACUAUCUUGAAAUCACUUCAUAUAGACAACCCAGCUGCUAAGGUACUAGUUGAUAUCUCAAAAGUUCAAGAUGAUGAGGUUGGUGAUGGGACAACUUCUGUUGUUGUUUUGGCCGGAGAGCUUUUGAGGGAAGCAGAAAAAAUGGUCAAUGCAAAGAUCCAUCCCAUGACUAUCAUUGCAGGUUACCGAAUGGCUGCUGAGUGUGCACGUAAUGCUUUAUUGCAGAAGGCCAUGGACAACAAGCAGGAUCCAGAGAAAUUCACGUCAGAUCUAAUGAACAUUGCAAUGACAACACUGAGUUCAAAAAUACUCUCCCAGGACAAGGAACAUUUUGCUAAGCUUGCAGUGGAUGCUGUUGUGAGGCUUAAGGGAAGCACAAACUUAGAUUCUAUUCAAAUUAUUAAAAAAGCUGGAGGAUCUCUGAAGGAUUCAUUUUUAGAUGAAGGGUUUAUUCUUGACAAGAAGAUAGGCAUUGGCCAACCCAAACGCAUUGAAAAUGCAAAGAUCUUGGUUGCAAACACUGCUAUGGACACUGACAAAGUCAAGAUCUAUGGGGCCCGAGUUCGUGUUGAUUCGAUGGCGAGAGUUGCAGAGAUUGAGGGGGCUGAAAAGGAGAAAAUGAGGGAAAAAGUGCAAAAGAUCAUAGCUCAUGGCAUUAACUGCUUUGUCAACCGACAGCUUAUAUAUAACUUCCCUGAGGAACUCUUUGCAGAUGCAGGAAUACUUGCCAUUGAACAUGCUGAUUUCGAUGGGAUUGAGAGGCUAGCACUGGUGACUGGUGGUGAAAUUGCAUCAACUUUUGAUAAUCCGGAGUCUGUUAAGCUUGGUCAUUGCAAGCUCAUUGAGGAGAUAAUGAUUGGCGAGGACAAGUUAAUUCAUUUUUCUGGGGUUGCCAUGGGUCAGGCAUGUACCAUAGUCUUAAGGGGGGCAAGUUCCCAUGUAUUGGAUGAAGCGGAAAGAUCCUUGCACGAUGCCUUGUGUGUGCUUUCUCAGACUGUGAACGACAGCCGAGUUUUGCUUGGUGGUGGAUGGCCGGAGAUGGUGAUGGCAAAAGAGGUAGAUGAACUCGCCCGAAAGACUCCUGGGAAGAAGGCUCAUGCCAUUGAAGCUUUCUCAAGGGCACUCCAGGCCAUACCAACCAUCAUAGCCGACAAUGCUGGCUUGGAUAGUGCUGAGCUUAUCUCGCAGCUUCGUGCAGAACAUCACAAGGAGAGAACCAAUGCUGGAAUUGACGUCAUUACCGGCGGCGUGGGUGACAUGGAGAAACUGGGGAUAUCAGAGUCCUUCAAAGUUAAGCAAGCUGUGCUGUUAUCUGCCACCGAGGCAUCUGAGAUGAUCUUAAGGGUUGAUGAGAUCAUAACUUGUGCUCCACGGAGGAGAGAGGAUAGAAUGUAAUUUUUUUCUUUUUCCAAAUUGACCAUGGGAAUCUUUUCUUAUUGUUUGGAGAUGAAUUCAGUGUGGUGUGUUUUUUGAAACGGUGCGCAUAACUUUCUGAUUUGUAAGGCGCUGAUCUUUGAUAUCAGAACUGUAACUGAAGACUGUAGAGCUUUACGAUUUUGUAUGGGAUAUAUGCUGAUGUUAGCUCUUGUGCUUGAUCAGCUUUUAAGUUGCUCCAAUUGAUUGACUGACUUAUUUUGGAUCCUA